AUUGAAUAUGAUUUAGUUAUUUAGAUUUUGUUCAGGAAAGAUAACAUCUUCUUUUCCUAAAUUAUCUUUCAAGGUGAAAGAUUUUUCAAUAUUAAAAGCAGAAAAACCAACUGCCUUAAAAAUUGAUGAUGUUAAAACAUUAUUAAAGAUGCAUUAGUUAGGAGCAACAUGGAAACUGGUAAUCAACGUUAUAUUAUCUUUAGCAAGAUGAUAAUUCACUUUAUAAAGAAGUCAAGUUUUCUAAUUUCAAAGAAGCAUUCUCAUUUAUGACUUAGGUGGCAAUAUUCAGUGAAUAAAUUAAUCGUAAUUUCUAGAUUAAAAAUAGAUCAUCCUGAGUGGGAGAACUUAUUUAAUACAAUUAAGAUUAGGUUAAUUACAGAUGAAGUUAAUAAUAUUUCAGUCAAGGAUAUAUUCUUAGCAUAUGCUAUAGUAAUUAAUUGUAUAAUUUAUAGGAUAAUAUUGCAAUGAAUGUGCAAGUCAAAUCAGCAGAAUCAACUAAUGAUACAAGAAUAUUAGAAAUAGCUAAAAUAGCAGAAGCAUGGAAUUUCAAUUUCGAUUAGUUUCAUCGUAUGAUUGAGACUGAUUCUAAAUAAAUAUGA